GGUAUAUCCACGUAAGCUAAAACGACAUCGUCUCUCUCUCUCUGAUCCAAUUUCUCUCUGGAAUCGAAUGGAGGGUAAGAAAAAGGGCUACGCUUGGGCGGUCUCCGCCGGACUAAACGCAGCCCUGGCUGCCGUUUCGGCGAAGCUGAUAACUCCUCAGAUUUUGCGGUAUGGAAUGGUGGUUUUAUUCAACGUGACAAUGUGGGGGUGUUAUGUGAACAGCCUUAAGGCUCUUUCAUCUCUACAAGCCACGGUUACAAAUUUUGCUGCGAAUUUCCUCUCUUCUGGUUUAGCUGGUUACUCUUUGUUCCAAGAGCCCUUGUCCUUUAAGUGGUUUGCAGGUGCCAUGCUCAUUGUAGUUGGUUCACUCGUACUUAGUAAGUCAAGUAUUGAGAAGAAGACACGAACGGAUUAGCAGCUAUGAAUUCCACUUCGCCUAAGAUACAGAUAAAAGUAGAUAUUCAUUUCUGUCUGGCUACAGAUGAAAGCAGGAGGAUGUAGAUGCAGUUAAACAGUACAAGACUGGAUUUUGUAUUUAUGUAAGUUUAUGCUUAAUGUCAUUCUGCUUUGAGAAUAUUUCUAUAUGAAAAAAUCUUCUCUGAUA